AUGGCUCGGGCCGGUUCAUCGUUGUUCAAUGAGCUCCGGAAUGCGGUGUUCGCCAAAGUGGCGCACGACUCCAUACGGCGAGUGGCCGGCAAUGUGUUCACGCAUUUGCAUCGAAUGGAUCUUAACUUUCAUUUGAAUAGACAGACGGGCGCUCUCUCCAAGGCUAUCGAUAGGGGAACGCGUGGUAUCAAUUUUGUGUUGAGCGCAUUGGUGUUCAAUGUGGUGCCGACGUUCUUCGAGGUGGCGCUCGUCAGUAGUAUUAUGUACUAUAAGUUUGGCGGACAGUUCGCGGGCAUAACGCUGGGCUGUAUCGGCGCUUACACUCUAUUCACGCUCGGCAUCACUAAAUGGCGGACCAAAUUUCGGGUUCACAUGAAUAAAGCGGAGAACGAGUCGGGAAAUCUGGCCAUAGAUUCGCUCAUUAACUACGAGACCGUCAAAUACUUUAACAACGAGUCGUACGAAGCGAUGAAAUACGAUUCGCAGCUCAAGAAGUAUACCGACGCUUCACUCAAGACCACAACCAGUUUAGCGUUUCUCAACUUUGGCCAAAACGCCAUUUUUAGUGCCUCUUUGGCGGCGAUUAUGGUGCUGUCGGCCAAAGGCAUUGUCGCCGGGACUAUGACUGUCGGUGACUUAGUUAUGGUCAAUGGUCUGCUCUUUCAAUUAUCACUGCCAUUAAACUUCUUGGGAUCUGUUUAUAGAGAAAUUAGACAAUCGUUGCUUGAUAUGCAGAUUAUGUUUAAUCUGUUAAGCAUUGAGACAACUGUUAAGGAGAAGCCCAACGCACCCGCACUCAUACUCACACACAAAGAGGCGACCGUUAAGUUUGAAAACGUGUACUUCGAGUACGUGAAGAAUCAGCCAAUUCUCCAGAACCUAUCGUUUGAAGUGCCGGCCGGCAAAUGGAUAGCACUGGUGGGCAGCAGUGGUUCCGGCAAAUCGACAAUCGUUCGCCUUCUCUACCGAUUCUUUGACCCACAAAGCGGUCGGAUAUUGAUUAACGGCAAAGACAUUCGCGACUACAGUUUGGAUAGCCUUCGGAAGCAGAUAGCGAUCGUACCGCAGGACACAGUGCUCUUCAAUAAU